AUGGAGCAAAUGAGACAUGCAUUCGAUAAACGUGUGGCAACCAAGACCAACAGUGAGACAGUUCUUUUCGACAUUCUAUUGGAAGCAUGUCAUAACGGAAGAUUAACUCAACAAGAAUUUUGGGAUCAUAUGAUUACAAUGUCACUCGCAGCCACUGACACAACUGCCAUUACAAUAAAUUUUGUGAUUUUUAUGCUCGCAAAUUUCCCAGAAGUACAAGAAAAAGCGUAUAAAGAAUUAUCAGAAAUUUACGGCAUUGAAUCUCCAAAAUCUGUACCAAUUAAAUAUAAUGAUUUGCAACAUAUGAAUUAUUUGAACCGAGUUAUUAAGGAAACAAUGAGACUUUUCCCUGCUAUUCCUUUUAUUGGACGAAUUCUAACAGAAGACGUAAAGAUAGGAGAAACUAUUUUACCUAAAGGAGCUGAUACAAUUAUGUCUAUAUUUCAUAUGCACCGAAAUAAGAAACAUUGGUCGAAUCCCUUGAUGUUCGAUCCAGAUAGAUUUCUUCCGGAAAAAGAAGGGCAUUGUUCGAAAUAUUUUAUGCCGUUUAGUAACGGACGGAGAAAUUGUAUUGGUCAGAAGUAUGCGAUGAUUUCUAUGAAAGUCAUUCUAAUAACAUUGAUACGCACGUUUGAAUUUAAAGUAGAUAAAAAUAUCAAAAUAGAAGACAUAGAACUUAAUACAGACAUAGCAUUGUGUACUGUGGAUCCUCUGAAAGUUAAAAUACAAAAAAGAGAUUAUUAA